GUGGUUUGGGCAGAACAAGGAAGAGGAGCAAGAGAAAUAUUUCAUUCGAGUCGAUGAAUAUGUGAAGGAUUGUCCGGCAAAAGGAAGCUGUGUUACAGGAUUACCUCUCAGACUGACGGAAGAUGAGUGAUUUGGAGGAAGAGAAGGACGGAUUAGGGUCUCCAGCAUGGAUGGAGAUUGAUAGGUCCAAAGAGAGUCCUCCAAGCUUCAGUAAUGAACCUGGACCCUCAGACACAAAAAAGAGGAAGAGGAGUGGUGUCUCUGUGGAAGAGCAGCUGUCCUGUUGUGCUCUGUGUCAGGACGUCCCGAAGGAUCCAGUCUCUACCAGCUGUGGACACCGGUUCUGCAGACAGUGCAUCACCUCAUACUGGGACCAGUCUAGUUCAUCAGGAGACUCCUCCUGUCCCUGGUGUGGAAAAAGACCCAGAACAAGACCUGGACUGCAGACAGCCGAUGGUGGUCUGCAGGAGGUUUUAGAUCAACAUAAGAUCAGACUGAGGAGCAGAUGUGAGCGUGUGACUGAAGGAACUGAUGGAACAGGAAGUGGAACCCUCCUCAACAGCAUCUACACUGAGCUCUACAUCACAGAGGGACAGAGUGAAGAGGUCAAUACCCAACAUGAGGUGAGGCAGCUGGAGACAACUUCCAAGAAGAAUAACCUCCAUGACGCUCCAAUCAAGUGCAAUGACAUCUUUAAGGCCUUACCUGACGAACAGAGACAUGGAGUCUUUAAAGUCUUACCUGACCGACAGAGACCCAUCAGAGUGGUUCUGAUGAACGGCGUCGCUGGGAUUGGAAAAACCUUCUCAGUGCAGAAGUUCAGUCUGGACUGGGCGGAGGGAUUGGAGAACCGAGAUGUCAGUCUGCUGGUUCUGCUUUCAUUCAGGGAGCUGAACCUGAUCAGAGAUCAGCAGUACAGUCUUCUCAGGCUGAUCCAUGUUUUUCAUCCAACAUUACAGAAGGUCACAGCAGAGCAGCUCGCUGUCUGUAAAGUUCUGUUCAUCUUUGACGGCCUGGAUGAAAGCAGACUGUCACUGGAUUUCAACAACAGGAAGUCUGUGUCUGAUGUCACACAGGAGUCAUCAGUCAACGUGCUGCUGACAAACCUCAUCAGAGGGAGACUGCUUCCCUCGGCUCUCGUCUGGAUAACUUCCAGACCUGCGGCGGCCAAUCAGAUCCCUCCUACAUGUGUUGACAGGGUAACAGAAGUCCGAGGCUUCACUGAUGCUCAGAAGGAGGAGUACUUCAGGAGGAGAUCCAGUGAUGAAGAGCUGUCCAGUAGAACCAUCUCACACAUUAAAACAUGCAGGAUCCUCCACAUCAUGUGUCAAGUCCCAGUCUUCUGCUGGAUCACUGCUACAGUUCUGGAGCACAUGUUGACCACAGACCAGAGAGGAGAGCUGCCCCAGACCCUGACCGACCUGUUCUCACACUUCCUGCUGGUUCAGACAAAGAGGAAGAAGAACAAGUACGAUGAGGGACAUGAGACGAGUCCACAGGAGCUGACGGAGGCUGACAGAGAAGUUCUUCUGAAGCUGGGGAGGCUGGCGUUUGAACAGCUGGAGAAAGGAAAGACCAUGUUCUACCAAGAAGACCUGGAGCAGUGUGGUCUUGAUGUCACAGAGGCCUCGGUGUACUCAGGACUUUGUACUGAGAUCUUCAGAAGAGAGAGUGUGAUCUUCCAGAAAACAGUCUACUGCUUUGUUCAUCUGAGUAUUCAGGAGUUUCUGGCUGCAGUUUACAUGUUCCACUGUUACACCAACAGGAAGACAGAGGUCCUGGAGAACUUCCUAGGGAAACAACAUGUUGAUUCAACCCUGGAUGACUUCCUGAUGGCAGCCAUGGAGAAAUCCCUCAAAAGUGAGAAUGGUCACCUGGACCUGUUUGUUCGCUUCCUUCACGGCCUCUCUCUAGAGUCCAACCAGAAACUCUUAGGAGGUCUGCUGGGUCAGACAGAGAACAGUCCAGAAACCAUCCAGAGAGCCAUCAACAACCUGAAGAAGAUGAAGAGUGACAGAGUGACUCCUGACAGAAGCAUCAACAUCUUCCACUGUCUGACGGAGAUGAAGGACCACUCAGUUCAUCAGGAGAUCCAAGAGUUCCUGAAGUCAGAGAACAGAUCAGAGGAGAAACUCUCUGAGAUCCACUGCUCAGCUCUGGCCUACAUGCUGCAGAUGUCAGAGGAGGUUCUGGAAGAGUUCGACCUGAAGGAGUACAAGACAUCAGAUCAGGGACGACUGAGACUGAUCCCAGCUGUGAGGAACUGCAGAAAGGCUCGGCUUGUUGAUUGUCAACUCUCAGAGACUCACUGUGAUGUUGUGGCCUCAGCUCUGAAGUCCAACCCCUCCCAUCUGAGAGAACUGGACUUGAGUGAAAACGACCUGCAGGAUUCAGGAGUGAAGCUGCUGUCUACUGGACUGGAGAGUCCAAACUGUAAACUGAAGACUCUGAGGUUGAAGGACUGCAGUUUGUCAGAGAUCAACUGUACUUCUGUGGCCUCAGCUCUGAAGUCCAACCCCUCCCAUCUGAGAGAACUGGACCUUAGAGGAAACUGGGACCUGCAGGAUUCAGGAGUGAAGGAGCUGUGUGGUUUUCUGGAGAGUCCAGACUGUGGACUGGAGACUCUGAGGCUGAGUGACUGCAGUUUGUCAGAGAUCAGCUGUGCUUCUCUGGCCUCAGCUCUGAAGUCCAACCCCUCCCAUCUGAGAGAACUGGACCUGAGUCACAACCGGCUGCAGGAUUCAGGAGUGAAGGGUCUGUGUGGUUUUCUGGAGAGUCCAAACUGUAGACUGGAGACUCUGAGAUUGAUGAACUGCAGUUUGUCAGAGAUCAGCUGUGCUUCUCUGGUCUCAGCUCUGAAGUCCAACCCCUCCCAUCUGAGAGAACUGGACCUGAGAGGAAACUGGGACUUGCAGGAUUCAGGAGUGAAGGAUCUGUGUGGUUUUCUGGAGAGUCCAGACUGUGGACUCAAGGCUCUGAGGUUGAAGGACUGCAGUUUGUCAGAGUUCAACUGUGCUUCUUUGGCCUCAGCUCUGAAGUCCAACCCCUCCCAUCUGAGAGAACUGGACCUGAGUGACAACAGGGACCUGCAGGAUUCAGGGGUGAAGGAGCUGUGUGGUUUUCUGGAGAGUCCGGACUGUAGACUGGAGACUCUGAGGUUGAAGGACUGCAGGUUGACAGAGAUCAGCUGUGCUUCUCUGGCCUCAGCUCUGAAGUCCAACCCCUCCCAUCUGAGAGAACUGGACCUGAGGUACAACAGGGACCUGCAGGAUUCAGGGGUGAAGGAGCUGGCUCAUCUUGUGGAGAGUCCAGACUUUGGACUGGAGACUCUGAGGGUCGCCAUGGACAGGCUGAUUAAAGAUUCCACAGACAUAACCUGUGACUCUGAUAUCAAACUGGACACCGCAGAGACAAUGAUGAAGCCUCCAUCAGACUUCAUGCCUGAGCUGCAAACUGAAUCUACACAAGUCUCACACAGGUUCAGGUGUCCUGGUCCAGGUGGGUUUCGGUGCACAUCAACUGGACUAGUAUUUGUUAUGGCUCAGGAGGCGGAGCUUUUCUACAGGAUUGUCCAAUGGGAUGAAGGACUCCUCAAAUUAGCUGGCAAGAUGGCUGCAGGGCCACUGUUCGAAAUCCAGUGUUCUAAAGAUGCUGUCUGUCAGCUCCACCUCCCACACUGUGAAAUAAAGGCUGCUCUGCUCUCUGAAGGCCUGCUGUCUGUUGCCCACUGCACUGAUGAUGGAAUGAGCAUCCUUGAACCGCUGGAGAUCACAGACACUCAUGUGAUUGUCAAAGUCCUUCAUCUCUCUAGGUUUGGCAUAGUCCGGCCUUUGAAGGCUUUAAGGAGGUUUUGGAACAACCUAAACCCAACUAGCGGCCAAGUCUUGCUGUUCCUUAGAAAACCAAACCCCAAAACACAGAAGAAAAACCUCAAUGUGCUUCUCUUUCCAAGCAACAUCCCUCUGGAAGAGGUGAGGAGAAAACAGACAAAUUCUGGGUAUAUUCAGGUACCUUCCAAAUGCGAACUCAUCGAAGAACAAAGUUACACUGUUCACUGUCCGACGGCCUGUAUAGUACAGCCUGAGAAAGCGAUCUUUGACCAGGAUGUUGGACCAAAUUACCAUUCAACGUUUGAGAUCCGCCUGCCUACAGUCACAGAACAAGUGACUAUAGCAGUACGAGAUGAAACAGAUACAGAUGUCUGGAAGCACAAUGCUGACCUGACUGAUGCUGAGCCAACAUGGGCUCAGAGUGUCCAAGCAGAAAAGAACCUGGCGUCUGUUCGGACAGAUUUCAUCGACAGUGUGUCUGAACCUCUUCUACAUAAGCUGCUGGAUAAACUCCUGGAGUGCAAAGUGGUAACUCAGGAUGAACUGGAGUCUGCUGAAGCACAGAACACCAGGGCAGACAAAGCUCGAGUGGUGAUCGAUACGGUGCUAAGAAAAGGACCAAAAGCCAGUGCAGCUCUGAUUGCUGCUCUCUGUGAGGAGGAUCAGUGUCUUUCAACAAAGCUGAGGUUAAUGUGAAGCAGAAACAGUGUAUAUCAGGGUGUUUCACAUCUUUAAUUCUUAAGUUUUACCUUUAAACUUUUUCUCUAUUGUUUAAGAACAUUUGGUAAAAACUUGAUAAUUACAAAGAAGUAAAUCUUGCAAGUAUGGGACGACUAAACACACUAUAUCUGGAGAGACUUAAUGCGUUUUGUCAAAUGUAAAGCAACUUGCUGUGUAUUUCCUUUUUUUUUACUAUACUUUGUGUAUACAACUUUCAUUAUUAAAAAAAAAUGCGCUGUG